AUGGAGGCAUGUCACGGUGUCGAGGACAGCGCCAUGGAGCAGCUAACCGACCCUCGAGAACCGAUGAGGCGGCGUGCCUCCUUAGACCGACGCGUGUCUCUCGGAGAAGUACUCCCUACCAUACCGGCUCUGAGCUCUCCCCUCCGGAGUGGUUCGCUCGCCUGUGACCAUGGCGAAGAUGUACUUGAUGCCCUAAGGGACGCACCGGAUGUCAUUAAUGACAACGUGGACGAGCUGCGGCCUGAUCCCCGCGAGCCCAUGAGAAGGCGAGCUUCCAUAGACAAGAGUAUUUCUUUGGGCAUGGUGGUGCCCACGGUGCUCCCGCCCCAUUCUCCAGUCAGAUCCGCCUCGAGCUCAGUGCAGCCCAGCCAGGCUUGGUCGGACGAACAGCUCAAGCAACAGCAAGGGUCCCGCCUGGCGGCGUUCUCCGGUCUCGUUGUCUUCUUCCUGGCGCUGAUCGUUCUGUCCCUCAUCGUUGUCCGCAGCGUGUACGUGCGCGCUCAAGUUCGACUCGAGAUCUGCGACACAGAGGAGUGCGUGCAGCAUGCCAGGUACAUCCUGGCCACGCUCAACAAGUCUCUCAACCCCUGCGUAGAUCUUUACGCCUACGUCUGCGGUGACGACGCUCGUCGAAAGGACGCCCAUAAUGCCCGCAGGAGCCCACUGGCGCACGCAUACAUCCACGAAGUGAUGCACAUGCUCGGCGAUAUCGAGACCUUCCGGGCGGCAAACCAAAGGUAUGCUGCAGCGACCAAGGCUUUUGCCGCUGUGACCAGAUGUAUGGAAUCAAACCGAUACGCUGCUUCGGAUGACUUCCGGGCAUUCAUGCAAGAUCGCGGAAUCAUGUGGCCGCUUAGUGCCGCAUCUUCAAGAAACACCACUCUUUUCGACGUUCUAGACGUCGUCCUAGAUUUGGCCGUCAACUGGAGAGUGGGCCUCUGGUUCGACAUUGUCGUGUCCCAAACAGCUUGGCACGACGGCACUCCUUUAGUCGUCAUCGGGGAGCCCGGAGACCUGGUCGUCCUGCGCUUGGAACAGCUGGCGCUAUUCGACGAUGUGACGUAUGAUAACACCGUCCGGCAGGUGGCUCUCUAUCUCAGCGGCGGCAAGGUUUCCAUGAGCGACGCAGCCCUAAAGGUGUUGCUCCUGGACGAAGCAGCUUUCAGAGCAAUCGUGCUUCGCACGGACCAAGACGAAGACAGACGUGAUGGCUUCGAUGUCCUGGUGCCACUCAGUAACAUCACACAUGUUUUCGGAAACGUCUUUCGACUCGGUCAUCUUGUUGGAUUGUUUCCUGCUACGAGAGUGCUGGACGUCGUUGGAUGGACAUUCUCGUAUUCAUACGCUUGGAUGGUGAACGCCGACUUUGACUUCCCGGCACCGUCAAGCACCGCUGGUAAGCUCGAAACGAAUGUUUUGUGCUUCGUCGCGGCGCAAGAAUCAUUCGGCAUAGCGCAGGCGGCGCCCAUUUUUCGAGACGCGUUCAAUGCCGGCGAGAAGUGGAAGGUGACGACGGUGCUGGAAAAGACGUCGAUGGCGUUUGUCGACCACGUGGUGGCGUCGACGGCGAUACCUGAUUUUACAAAGACAGAGGCUGUGGCGAAGAUCAACUCAUUGGCGUGGAGUUACUGGAUAUGGCCAUUCGAUCCUUACCUACAGGUUGAUUCUGCGCUAGAUGCGCUGUACGCCAACUUUUCGGAGAAGUCCGCAAGUGUCUUCGAGUCCUGGAUCCAGUCGAAGAAGGCUCUCAGGGCGGCUCUCGCAAUUCCGCACUACGAGCGUCUGAUGACGUCGAGGUACCGGUGGCAGUCGGGAAGUGUGCGAUACCUGUACACAUUGAACGAACUUCGCUUCAGCCUGUCGGCACUGUUCCCUCCAUCGUACUUUCGGCAUGGCUCGAGUGCCAUGACCUUUGCGGGGCUCGGGCUCAAGGUGGCCAGGCAAACAGCGCGUUCCUUGGACAUGCACGGUCGCACCUGGGACAGUACGGGCCGCGAGAGCUCGUGGUGGCAGCUGGACAAACCUGAACAGCAGCAGUGCCGAAGCCCAGCCCAUGCCACGUUGCACUUCCUGACUGCAGAUGUCCCGGACCUUGUUGACUACGAGUAUUGA